AAGACUCCAAAUCAGUCAGGGAGAGGCGUGGAAGGAGCCAAAACGUCCCUGCGAGGCCUGCGCUCAUCAGCCCCCUUACCCAAAGUCCGGGGCUGUCGGCGCCAGGAUCCGGCUCCUAGAGCCGCCUGGGCACCAGGGCCGGCGUCCCCUGGUGGCAGAGAGAGAGCACUACGAACGAUUUUCGGACCGAAUCGGCACGCUCCUCAGAUCCAAGCAGGCGGGGCCGGCCUGGAGCAAAGAGAGAGAGAGGAGGGGACAAGGGCAGGCCAAAGGGGGCCAGGGGGGCAGCCUGAGGGGAUAAAAAGUGGCCAGGGAGGAACCAAGACUACCAGCAACAAAUAGCGUUGCUUCUGCCACGGUCUAGGGUGUGAGGCCCUGACCCCCCCAGACCUCACAGAGGUUUGGAAAGUGAAAUUGGAGAACUUUCUAGCUAGUACUUUGAUUUUUUUUUAAAUAUUUUUUUUUCACCCUAGUUUGGUUGGGUGCUCCGUUUUACGGGGCCCCAAGUUUAUUUUAAGAGUCCGCCACCGUGUUAUGGGCUUGCGCAACUGCCUCGACGGCAAUAAUAUGUCAGGACAACGCGAUAUCCCCCUUGAACUCGGGGAACAGCCCGAGCAACCAUCUUUGGAGGCCCCAGGGGCAGCUGCCCCCAGUGCUGGGCCUGGCCCAGCCGAAGAGAUGGAGACCGAACCGCCUAACAGCGAGCCCAUCCCCAUCGAGAUUGAAGGCGAGGCCUGUGGACCCCAAGAGGUCUCCAGGCCCAACUUCCAGAGCCUUGGCCAGGCCAUCGAGGAAGUCGGAGUCCAUGGAGGCUACAGCCCACCUCCUGAGGAAGCCAUGCCCUUCGAGGUUGAGCAGCCCAGCAUGGGAGCCUUCUGGCCUACCCUGGAGCAGCCUGGAGACACCACUAAGGCCCAAGCAGACCUUGGGGCCUUCGGCCCAGCACUCCUGGAGCCCGGAGCCUUCCGUGAUGCCAGCACAGGCCUGGGAGGCUACAGCCCUCCACCAGAAGAAGCCAUGCCCUUCGAGUUUGAGCAGCCUGGCCAGGGAGGCUGCAGCCAACCUCUCUUGCAGGUCUCAGACCUUGCUCCAGGAGGUCCAGGGGCGGGGGUCUCCAGCCCUCCACCCGAGGAGCCCCAAGCCCUCAGGCCCCCAAACGCAGGCUUUAGAGGAAGCUGCAGCCCUCCCCCUGAGGAGGCUAUGCCAUUUGAGUUUGAUGGAGCAGCCUUUGGGGACGACAGCCCACCCCCUGGGCUCCCCCGAGCUAUCCCGCAAAUCGACGGCGGUGAUGGCGGCCAGUUCACGGCAGUCGCGAUCCCGAGUGAGGUCUUCCUCACUCCCACCGCGAACGAGCCCCCCCUCUGGGUCUCAGGCGCCAUCGGCAGCCCAUCCCGAGAGGCUGUCAGACCUCCUUCACACUUCGUGGGUAACAGCCCCCCGAUGGAGAUCUCCGGACCCCCGCUCGAGAUUGGCAGCACCCCCGUUGGGGUCGACGACACUCCCGUCAACAUGGACAGCCCCCCAAUCGCGCUUGACGACCCGCCCAUCGAGGUCUCCAGAGCCCCAGUUAAGAGAGCGCGAGCGGAGGGAGAGGGACCCCCAGUUGAGGGAGAAGCAGCCGAGAUGGAAAGAGGCUCAGCCGCCGCUUCCGCGGAGGGAGGAAAAGUCUCCUCUCCCGGGGAAGGAGCCCCUGCCGCUGGGGCCGCUCCCGCGGUCCCUGCCUCUCCUGCCGCCGGGGCAGCCCCAGCCGCUCCUGACGCUCCAGCCGCCAGGGCAGCCCCUGCCGCCCCAGCCGCUCCUGCCGCCAGGGCAGUCCCUGCCGCCCCAGCCGCUCCUGCCGCCCGGGCAGUCCCUGCCGCCCCAGCCGCUCCUGCCGCCCGGGCAGCUCCUGCUGCCCCUGCCUCUGGAGCCCGACCUAAGCUCCGUUUCCUUAGACCCCCCAGCCCCGAGAUCCAGGCUGCCGAUCCGCCUACUCCGCAGCCUACUCGCGCGUUUGCCUGGCGGGGCAGGUCUGAGCGCGGCCGCGACGACGACGAAGGGUCGGUCACCAGCAGCGGAGACGAAUCCGACGAUGGGACCUCCGGAUGCCACCGCUGGGUGCAGCCCCGGCGAAAUCGCCGCCGCCGAAAGCCCCGGCGCAACUUGCUCCGCAACUUCCUCACGCAAGCUUUCGGAGGCUGCUUCGGUGGAUCUGAGAGCCCCCAGCCCAAAGCCCCGCGCAGCCCCAAGGUCAAGAAGGUUCCUCUGGCGGAGAAGCGCAGACAAAUGCGCAAGGAAGCCCUGGAGAAGCGUGCUCAGAAGCGCGCAGAGAAGAAACGCAGCAAGCUCAUCGACAAGCAACUCCAGGACGAAAAGAUGGGUUACAUGUGUACGCACCGCCUGCUGCUUCUAGGUAAUGCGGCGGACUCUGCCCGCGGGGAGCAGGGCCGCCGGGGGACCCGGGAGGGGGUGGCAGGGCUGCCCGGUGGGGCUCGGGGCCUGGCAGCGGGAGGAGGAGGUCUGGGUAAAAGCAGGAAGAGCCUGCUAGAAAGUUCCAGUGAGGGGCCCUAA